CUAAGCAAUAUUUAUACGUUCGAUGUCCUAUUAUUUGACCUAUCGAAACGAACUUUGACACUUUCAUUCGGUGUCCCGACUCCAAUUUAUACGUUAAUUAAACCACAGUCCUCCAAGUAAACACUGACCGAGAAAGAUGAUCCUCCGUCCAUCCUACCAACUACUCUCUGCUCUACGUCAUAUACCCACCUACCCAACAUUCUUAUCCAGAGCGCUAGUUUCGGUAACAGUGAAUCCAGAAAAGGGUUUGGUUGAUGAGCAAUUGUCUGUGAGUGUUUCUGGUUUGAAACCUGAAGAAAAUGUCACAGUCAGUGCCACAAUCGAACAGAGCUCAAAGAAAAGAGAAACCGUUUUCAGGUCUUUCGGACAUUUCAAAGCUUCAGUUGACGGAUGUGUUAAUCUGGUCACUGACCCAUGUUUAGCGGGAACUUACACUGGAAUUGAUCCCAUGGGAUUAUUUUGGAGUAUGACUCAGGCAGUUGGAAAACAUGGUAGAAUUAUGACUCAUGAUGCCACCAAAUCUUUGGAUUACACUAUGAUGGUCCACCCUGGUCAUAUCUCACAGCACUCUGAUUUUUCUUCUGAUAUAAAACCAUUGGCAACGAAGUUGGUUCAACGAUCGUUUAUGAGAUCUGGUGUCCGCAAAAUCACAGUUAACCACGGAAGACUUCGGGGUAGUUUAUUCAUACCAAGUGACGAAACGACCAACAGACAACAACGACGACGGUAUCCUGCUGUGAUAGACCUGUUUGGUAGCACCGGUUCUUUGAUAGAAUCCAGAGGGGCUCUGUUAGCAUCCAAUGGAUUUAUCACUUUAAGUUUGGCCUAUUUUGCUUAUAAAGACUUACCUUCAGUCGUCAACGAGGUUGACUUUGAAUAUUUCGAAGAGGCUAUUGAUUAUCUUAUGAACCACGAGCAGGUUUCCUGUGAGAAAGGUAUAGGUGUGUUAGGGACAUCUCUGGGAGGGGUAAUAGCUCUAUAUAUGGCCAAAGAGUGUCCGCAAGUAAGCGCUGCUAUAAGUAUUAAUGCUACCCCAACCUUCUUUGUUUUUAGCAUCCGCCAUAACGGUAAACAGCUGCCAUAUUGCUGUUCAAUUGAUUGUGGCCAUACUGUAUACAGUGAUGAUGGAUGCAUGAUUACAAAUUGGAAAACAGAUGAAUCUAAAUUGUUUUAUUUAGAUGAAAGUUCUCGUAGUAAAGUAUUGUUUUUCAUCAGCGGUGAUGACCCUUUACUUUACGCUGAUGACUAUUACAUGUGGCUCAAAAACUUAACACCCGCGAAAAAAAAAGAUGUUGAAUUUAUUAUAUACGAGGGUGCUGGCCACCUCUUGGAACCUCCAUAUACCCCUCUCUUUAAUUCUUGUUAUUCUACAUACUUUAGGGGGCCUGCUAUUUUUGGGGGUUACCCUCGACAACAUGCUGAGGCACAAGAAAAGUCCUGGUUAAAAAUCAGGGAAUUUUUUACCGAAAAUCUAUAAAAAUUUCGACUGUGAUUCUUAUUGGUGUUUAUAUCAGUUUGCAAUACAUCAAAUAUUUAUGAUUGCACCUGUCAGCUUGGUGCAGGGAAUGCGCUAAUUAUUUGAUCACCAUAAUAAUUAUUUGAUCCCUGUAAAUGAACUAUUUGUGCAGGUUGACCAGCAAGAAAUUGCAGAAGCGUCUUUCUCACACCUGAAAGACUACCAAUAUAUUAGAGACAAUAAUACUAACGAUAGAUGUUUACAUUAAGUAGGGGUGGUCACAGAUGAAUUGGUAUCAGAAGGGUUAACCCUUUAGCCUGAAAACAGGCAAUAUCUGACCAAAAUAUUCUAGAUGUUUUAUAUUCAAAUUGGACACAUUUUACUUCUCACACCUGCCCUUCAAUGUCAUUCUAGAUUAAAACAAUCACAUCAUUGAAAUCUCAAAGCUAUGAGAUAAUGCAUGAUUAAUUCCAAACUAGGCCAAAUCCAGCCUCUCACACCUACCCUGCAAUGUCCUUCUAAAAAUAAACAAUCACAUCAUUGAAAUCUCAAAGCUAUGAGAUAAUGCAUGAUUGAUUGAAAACAAGGCCAGACCCAGCCUCUCACACUGGCUCUUCAAUGUCAUUCUAAAAAUAAAAAAUCUUAUCAUUGCAAUCUGAAAGCUAUGAGAUAAUGCAUGAUUAAUUCAAAAGAAUGUGAAUUAAUAAGCAUCACAUUCAAAAAUAAUCCAAAU